GGCGAGUUCUGUGCAUCCAGUCACCAGAUCCAGUUCGCCUGUCCGAGCAAAGCGACUCGCGAGUGUUCUCCGCUGCCGGUGGUUUUGAUCAGUGCCCUGUGCAGUGACGGCCUACAUUCCUACCUACUCGGUACAGGAGAAGAUCGAUCGUGCUGAUCCGGGCGGCCACAUUUGUUUGAAUCCUUCGUGAGGAAGACUAGGUAGUUCCACCGCGUUUGGCAGUGGCCUGGCUUUGACCACAAGGACUGGAGGUGGUGUCCCUUGCAUUACUCCAGGAAGUUUGGUGGCCGUGUCCGCGAGGGACCUUACUUGCUGGAUUGAGUGCAGAGACGCUGGCUUGGACGGCGGCAGCGGUUGCCGCAAAGUGGGCUCGCAGUGGAAGUGGAAGAGGUUUAAUCUUUAGUGUGAACUCUGUUGCAACGCCUUUGGGCGAUCAGGGAAGCCUGCAGCUGGCCACAUUGUCGGGGCUUGCAUCAGGAACAAUGUUCAGGCGACUGAGCGCAAGGAUCAGAUCGGGUAGCUCGGCUGGGAAGCGGGCUGGCAGUAGGGUAGAGCCUGCUGCACAGGGGGAUCAAAGCCUGAAAUGGCUGAAGGCAAUCCAUAAUGCUCAGCAGGGACCUGGCUUGCGCACAUCAGCAGAAACACCAGAAUCAGCAUUUGAAGCAGGGCCCUCCCUGUCUCCAUCACCCUCUGAAUCAGAUUUCCUGUGCACUAGCACAGAGGAUGGCUCUGAGGACCCUUUCUUCUCCCCGAACAGCUCGCCAUUUCCAUUCCAAUCUGAUCUCAACCUCCCAUAUGAUAGAUACUCACCUCCUGAGUCACCAUUACUAUCGCCAAGCUCCGAAGCUGCCUCCUCCUCACCAUCCGACCAUGAUGCCUUCCCUUCCGAAUCAGAGCCUUCUACCCCGGACUCGUGCUCAGUGUCUGGUUUUGAGCCAGAGCUGGAAGUUUUGUCCCCAGGAUUUGACACAGGAGUGGAAGAUCUGAAUGUGUUCCUGCGGGAGAGCAGAUACAGGUUUGAGGAUCGUGCCAACAACACUCCCAUCACGGUUGUACUGGGCAAUGAAGCGGCAGACUUGGAUUCGAUGGUCUCUGCGAUUGCUUACGCACGUUUGUUGGAGGCCACCAGGAGUCCUUCCUCAGCUGUGGUAGUGCCCCUGCUAAACAUACCAAGGAGAGACCUGCCCCUGAGAACAGAAGCAGCAUACCUUUUCAGCACAAUGGGACUGGAUCUGGACGCCCUUCUUUUUGUGGACGAAGUGGACCUUGACGCGCUUUCUUCAAGCGGAAGAUUGCGGCUGGUCUUGGUCGAUCACAACCGUCUGGCGCGCAGCCAGGAGCACCUGCAUCGAUCUGUCAUUGAAAUCGUUGACCAUCAUGAGCCGGAGGGUUUGUAUCCCUGGGUGGAGGAACGACUUAUAGAGCCAGUUGGUUCCUGCUGCACACUCGUCGCGGAGCGCAUCUCCGAGCAAGCGCCAGAGCUGCUCCAAGGACGGGGCCUGAGCAAGCUUCUGCUCUCAGCAAUUCUUCUCGACACUUCCAACCUCGAUGACACAGUGGGCCGAAGCACCGAAUCAGACGAGAUCAUGGCGGCUCUAUUGGUCAACGGAGCAGGGACUCUGGGGCGCUACGGCCUGUUCGAGCUCCUGAGGGCAAAACGCUUCGAUCAAUCAGGUCUUAGCACGGCAGACCUUCUGCGGAAGGACUACAAGCAGUGGCUGAUGGCCCCUGACGCUAAUGUGGGGAUCAGUGCUGUGGGGCUGCCUCUCCGGAAGAUGGCAUCAAAGGACAAGGACUUCAAAUCGGAGGUCAAAUCGUUUGCAGCGCAACAUGACCUGGAGGUCCUCGUCAUCAUGUCCAUGUUCUAUGACGUCAUGGGCAACUUCAAGCGCCAGAUUGCCAUCGUGGCUGACGACGAGGCCCUCGUCAGGGACAUCGCCAAGUUCCUGGCAUCGCCAGAUGCGGGGUUGAGGCUCACAGCGAAUCCUGCAGCGGGAUUUCCCGACUUUUCCAAGGUUUACAAUCAAACGUGCCUGACAGCGUCACGGAAGAAGGUCCAGCCUCUUCUCAAGGAGUUCUUUGCUUCGAGAUUUGGACAAUGAUGGGUGGUGCCGGGAAUCGGCAUCCUUUCGUUUUCCCCUUGGUGGCAGUAGUUCGGAACGCAAGGGUGAUCCCUUUUUCGGCGAGUUGCAGAGUCAGUUUUUGAGAGCGUUACUUUAGUACCUCGUGUCGUUCCCAUUGUGAACGUUGGAGUUAUGGGCUGAGCGCUUGUCGUAUUCGGAAGGAUUCUUGGACCGCAGUCACUUCGACUGCCAGAGGAGACGGUCUUCUUUGGCAAACUGUUGAGGGUGUAGCAUAGGCAAAAGUAGUAGGUUAAUCUACUUGACCACUGGGAGUUCGGAAGUUCAAGACAGUCUUGAGGAUUAGUCCUCAGCUAUAUGCUAUUCUUUGUCACAGCCUACUGACGGAUCUCGCUGUAGUACGAGGGGUCUGUAACUAGUGUAAGCUAGCGCUUUGCUAUCAGUCACUGUAGUUUUCGCAACCAGCAUCAGUUGGUGCUAGUCACCGCGUUCGAAUUUUGGCAAUAUGUACGAUAGGUGGACAGGCCCGACGUUAGGACUCAAUUCUGCUUUGCCCAUAUCACAUCCGCGUAGUCAUCAGCUGCAACUUAGUCAGUCACCACAACUUGGACCGACUGCUCUUCAACAAUCACACCGAGCUUAACACUGGCAGUCUAUUUGACCAUCUACUUGGCGGCCACAAUCGAC